GCUCGAAAACGAAAGUCGUGUUCACGGAGAUCGUUGUAUUUGUAAGUGUUGAACAAGUAAUUAUAUUCGAUCUAAGUCUCAAAAGAUAUCAAAACGGAUCACGGCUUCGAAGAUCAAAGUAAAGAGAACAAAGAUCCUGAUGAGGAGAUCAUGAUCGAUGACGCAGAUGAUGGUGUAGUUUAUCCUAGUUUCGGCAACAAUUUCAAGGCGAAACUUGAGUAGGUUCUUUUCUGGAAGUAGCACGGUUUCUCUACUCAUAAUUUUUUAUCUUUUUUUUACAUCACAGGGACUGGAUAUGUUGCUCCUUCUAGUCAUGGAUGACGGUGACUGAGAUACUAGGUGUUAUACAACUGUUAGAAGUACGCAUACCUAAUCAUUGAUUUGUUGCAUCUACGGGAAAAAUCCCUACUCCUGAUUCUGAGAGCUCUAGUUUCAUUUAACUACUGACAAGAACUUCUGACUUAGAACAGUGGUCUUGAACGAGCAACAAUAAGAAGAAAAAUGGCACCAUCAGCAUCAAAACCCGGAAGAAAGACCGUUCGGGUCUUCACACCAGGAGAAGUGCUGGCGACGGAGGUCUUUGGAGAUUCAGCCGUUGACGAAUCCUCUUAUACCUGGCGAGAUGGACAACGGAUAGCGACGAAAAUGUUGAAGAUCGUGGUCACAUCGAAAAGCAGUAAAAAGACGACUUGUAGUUCCAAGACGAGUGGCAAGAUCAUGAGUAAAACUGACGAAGAACCUUGUCUUGUAGAAGUGGGCGACAUCGUUUUUGGCCGUGUACACCAAGUCCAGAAUGACAGAGCAAUGAUACAGUUGCUAGCUAAAGAAGUAGCAUCUUCUGUGGUUCUUCUGUCCGCAACCCCUCAAACGCGCCUCGCCACUCUCAAGAGGACCGAUACGAGAAGCUUCAAACUCGAUCAAUCGAAAAAGCUUCAACUUGAGCAACAAAAGGCAUCUUCAUCAUCUGCUUCUUCUUUAAAAGAUGAUGAUACAUCUUGCUCUUCCAGUAGAAGUACAACCCCAGCAUCAAUAAUGUCAGGGUAUAGUAGUUGUACCUCAGGAGCAACCGGGACGGCAACUACGACGUCAGCCAUGUUCUACCGAAUCAACGACAUAGUCCGUGCCCAUGUCAUAGCUAAGACUGGGGAUCACACAGUCCUAUCAACUUUUCACCUCGAAGACGGCGUCGUGGCAGCUGCGGACCGCGGCUUAGAAGCUUUAAACCACGAAUUGAUGCACGACCGAGCGACGAAGAAGACGCAACUGCGCAAGGUCGCUUGUACACCAAGGUUAAAACGAAAGUUGCAAAAAGUUAAAAAAUGAGAGAAAAUGUGCAGGUGCACAUACUUAUUACGACUGAUUAAGUACUAUCAGAGCUGCUGCAUGGUGCUUUGAUGAUGUAGAAGUAGAAGAUUUUUUCGCAAAAAUAUAAAUCAAUGCGAAAUAUUUAAUUUUCAUCUGCAGCACUUCUUACAAGCCUUGAACUUUCACCAAACCCCAAGGUCUAUCUGCUCUUGCCAGAGCAGGGUACUAAUCUUCAUUUCCAUGUCCUCUUCUCCAAGAUUUACCAGGC